AUGUCCCCGUUUGCCUGUUUGCUUCUUUUCUGCGUCUUCCGUCCAACGCUCUCCACCUGGUUUGAAUCCGAGGAUGUUGUACCUGUUCGGAUAAACGGAAGAAUUGGGGGUCGUUUUUGGAAAAGAAGCGAGGACCAGGAGAGAGUCAUUCUCAACGCAUUUGGCAAAGAGAUGACCCUCAAUCUUGUCCCCGACAGUAGUUUCAUCUCGCCUUAUUUUACCAUCCAGCGCCUCAGAGCCAAAGAUGUUUUGCGCAGCGCCUCAGGUGCGCAACAUUCCCUGGUUGAGGAGAUCCACAAAUUAAAAAACCGGACGAGUGAGAGUGAAGGACAGCUGAGAAGUUGUUUCUAUUCAGGGAACGUUGAUCAAGAUCAACACUCGCUCGUGGCUCUGAGUUUGUGCUCCGGCGUCCAUGGCUCCUUCAUAACACAGGGGACAGAGUACCUCAUUGAGCCCAAAUUUCGAAGAGGCCUGGGGUCACACUCGGCUGAACAGCUGCAUGUGAUCAAGAGGAGGACUUUGUCCAAAAGCCACGUUGUCCCUUUGCAAUUCGAUCACGCGGCCGAAGCUAGUGGACUGCAACACAAGUGGCAAGCUUUGGGUGAUGUCGGUGACGCACGGAGGGAACCUCGCCGGCGACGCUUCGUUUCCGCGCCACGGUUCAUAGAGACGCUGGCAGUGGCAGAUUCCAGCAUGACCCACUUCUACGGGGACGAAAUAAAGCAUUAUAUUUUGACCUUAAUGUCAAUGGCUGCCCAGCUGUACAAGCACCCGAGUAUAAAGAAUUCAGUGAAUUUAGUUGUGGUGAAGUUGCUGGUGGUAGAGGAUGAGGAGGUCGGGCCAGAGGUCUCCAGCAAUGGAGGGGUCGCUCUCAGGAACUUUUGCUCCUGGCAGCAGCUCUUCAACCCGCCAAGUCAGAGGCAUCCAGAGCACUAUGACACUGCACUCCUCUUCACUAGAGAGGACAUUUGUGGACAAAAGAGCUGUGAUACGUUGGGUGUUGCCGAUGUAGGGACAAUGUGUGAUCCCAAGAGAAGUUGUUCUGUUAUAGAGGACAACGGUUUGCAAGCUGCUUUCACUGCAGCACAUGAACUUGGUCACGUGCUGAGCAUGCCACAUGACGACUCCAAAACCUGCGAGAGGAUCUUUGGGGAUCUUGGUGGACAUUAUUUGAUGGCCCCUUUGUUUGUUAGCCUCAAUAAAACUACGCCUUGGUCUCCCUGUAGUGCACUCUACAUCACAGAGUUCUUUGACAAUGGUCAUGGAGACUGCUUGCUUGAUGUUCCAGAAAGCAGUUUGCCAUUACCAAAGGAGCUUCCAGGAAGCAAAUACAACCUAGACCAUCAAUGCCAACAGAUUUUUGGAGAGGAAUUCUUCCAUUGUCCCAACACAACAGACAAUGAUAUUUGCAACCAGCUCUGGUGCCAAGAGGAUGGAACAUCCCAGUGCUCCACAAAGAAUGGCAGUCUGCCCUGGGCUGACGGCACCCCUUGUAGUCUCAACAGGACAUGCCUCCAUGGAGUGUGCAUGCCGACAAAGGAGGUGCUGGAGCCACUGGUGGUUGUGGAUGGUGGCUGGAGCACGUGGGGACCGUGGCAACAAUGUUCCAGGACAUGUGGAGGUGGAGUAGAGUUCUCCUAUAGGGAGUGUACAAACCCUGAGCCUCAGAAUGGGGGCAACUAUUGUGAAGGACAAAGGGUUCAGUACCAGUCCUGUAACACACAGCCCUGUGACAACAAUGGUAAGAGUUAUCGAGAGGAACAGUGUGAGAAGUACAACAGUCCAAAUUACCUGGACUACAAUGGCAACAUGAAACAUUGGAUACCAAAGUAUGCUGGCGUGUCUCCGAGGGAUAGAUGCAAACUAUUCUGCCGGGCCAGAGGCAGCAGUGAAUUUAAGGUGUUUGAGUCCAAGGUAGUUGAUGGAACACCCUGUGGUCCUGACACCACAUCAGUUUGCGUCAAAGGCCAGUGUGUGAAGGCAGGCUGUGAUCAGGUGAUAGGAUCCAAUAAACGAGUGGAUAAAUGUGGCGUAUGUGGAGGAAAUGGGCUUUCCUGCAGGAAGAUCACUGGGUCCUACAACAAGGCAAUCUAUGGAUACAGUGACAUCGUCACAAUUCCUGCUGGUGCAACAAAUAUUGAUAUUAAACAACGGAGCCACAGAGGAAUCAAACAUGAUGGGAAUUAUCUGGCUAUCAUGAGAGAGAGUGGAAGUUACAUCCUUAAUGGAAACUUCUCAGUAUCAACAGUGGAGCAAGACAUUCCUGUACUUGGUGCUGUGCUGAAAUACAGCGGAUCCUCCACCUCUUUGGAGAGGAUCCAGAGCUUUAUGAGGCUAAAAGAAGCCAUCGUUAUUCAGCUCCUUGCUACAGCGGGGGAUACCAGUCCACCCAAAGUGAAAUAUUCCUUUUUUAUCUCUAAAGAUGUUGCUUUUAAAUCAAAGGAGAAGAAGGGUUCCUCAACAUCUUUGCAUAUGAUUCAUCCUUUCACUGUGCCAGACUGGGUUUUAGGAGACUGGUCUGAGUGCUCGAAGAGCUGCGGGUCCGGGUGGUCGAGGAGGAAUGUCGAGUGCAAAGACAGUGCAGGCUUUCCCUCAAGUCUUUGUGAUAAAGACUUGAAGCCCAUGGACAUCCGGGCCUGCGGGGACCAGCCCUGUCCAAUCUGGCAGAUGGGACCCUGGUCUGCCUGUUCACGAACUUGUGGUCAGGGCGAACGUCGCCGCAGCAUCUUCUGUAUAGACUACACUGGCAAAACUGUUGAACCAGAAAAGUGUGACGUUAUUAAAAAACCUGCACCUGUCUCUGGGGAAUGUUUUAACCUUGAGUGCUUAUGA